AUGAAGCUAAAUUUUGCUUCGGGUCUGGUGUUGGCCCUUGCAACCGUGGAGGCGGUUGGGGCACACUCGUGGUUCAGCAAAGCUGUGUACGACAAAUGGCAUGAAACAGAACUGGAGCGAUGGCUCUCCGACCAUGACAUUCCGUAUCCUUCCCCUGCCGAUCGCAAAGACCUCGAAAACGCUGUUAAGGUAAAUUGGAACGCGAAAGUUCAAAAGCCCUUGGGACAAGCAGCGGACCAGGCUACCGAUCAAUGGCAUCAUGCCAAGGACUGGAUCUUUGAUUCCUGGUCUGAUUCUCAUCUGAAAGCUUUCCUUGAUCGGCAUGGUAUCCCUGCUCCUCAGCCCCGAAAGCGCGAUGUACUGCUCAAGGCGGCCCGUGAAAACUACGAAGCAAUUGCCAAAAGACUCGGGGAGGCUGCUUCUUAUCCUGGUAACUGGGUCUACGAGCAGUGGACUGAGUCCGAUCUGAAAGAAUGGCUUGAUGAGCGUGGCUGGCCGGUGCCUCAGCCUACAACCCGUGACAAGCUAAUUGCAACGGUGCGCCGCAACGCUCGACUGGCCAGUCUACAAGCACGAAACCUCGCUGCUUCUGCUUCUAAAUCCGCAGAUGCCGCUCAGGCUACUCUGAGUGAAGCGCUAUUCAAUGCGUGGUCUGACUCGGACUUGAAGAAGUUCCUCGAUGAACAUAAUGUCAGGGUGCCACAAGGCUCUAAGCGUAACGAGCUGGUCGCACUGGCCAGAAAGCACCGCGCCUCCCUGGUUAGUCAGGCCUCUUCUGCAGCUUCUACUGCAUCCCAGAGUGCUACCUCAACGGCAUCAGAACUAUAUGGUGCUGCUACUACCAAGGCUGGCAACGAGUACGCCCAAGCAACCGAUGUCGCACAGCUUAAGGGGGAGGAGGCCUUUGAUGCUGCUGUCGCGACCUGGUCCGACUCCCGUCUCAAGGCCUUUUUGGAUGCACGAGGCGUCCCUGUUCCGCAGAGUAACAAGCGUGAUGAGCUUCUUGCAAAGGUUAGACUUCACAAGCACAAAGCAGCCAUUGGCUGGACCGCUUGGACUUUCGACACCUGGGAUACUGAGCACUUGAAGAAAUACUUGUCUUCUAUGAACGCCAAGGCAGCGCACCGUGCGGAUCUGACUCGGGAUGAGCUUGUGAAACAAGCUCAAGAUGCUUAUGCCAAAGCCUCUAAGGCUGGAGGAGCAAACUUGGCAUCAGCUACGUCAUAUAUGGCGCAGGCUACUGACGCUGCCAAGUCUUCCACCUUCGACACCUGGUCUCACUCUGAGCUUAAGGCUUACCUUGACUCCUAUGUACGUCGCAACGCCGAGUACUUCAGAUACGGCACUACCACUCCGCAAGGAACAAUCUAUGCCAAAAUCCAAGAUGCUACCAACUGGCUUCUGGAACAGUUGAAGAUCGGAGCGGCCAGUGGCCGGGCUCAGGGUCAGCGGGCUGCUGAGAAGGCGCAAGAGAAGGCUGCGGAGUCUGCGGAGGAAUUGCGAGCGGAACUGUGA